GUGUGUGUGCGUGUGAUGACGUUUGUUUGGUCACAGGGUCAGGUUGAUAUAGGGCUUAAAGGCAGACCAUAUGUGCAGAUCCAGGUGGUGCAGUCGUCUUCAGUCUCACUGUUCUUUGAAUUUCAUCUCAUCAGGAUCCCUACAGCCAACAAGAUGAAAUUGGCGUUAGCUCUCAUUGUUGCACUCCAGGUGUCGGUGUGCCUGUGCGAAGUGCCAGCGCCUGAUCAAGAACUCGUGGACAAAUAUGAAGGUUUAAAGGCUGUAUUCCUCAAGAGGCUUGCUAAUGCCUACGCGGCUGCCCAUACCAGCCUUGAGAAACUGGCUGAGGGCACAAUCACAGGGGAGAAGGCCAAGGAAAUCGCACAACAUGCACAAGAAAACGAGAGAGUGAAAGCUCUGUCUAAGCUGGCCGCUGUUGCAAUUGAGGAGCUGAAGCCUGUUAUCGAGAAGGCACGCUUGGGUGCUCUUGGCAUAUAUGGCGAAUACCUGCGUCCCUACUUCGGCAUUUACCUGGACACUGCCAUCAACAACAUCAAACCCGUGCUGGACACAUGGCUGCCUGCUGAAACUCAUUAAAAAAAAUCAAAGGCCACUUGACAUCCAAACGCUUUCCCUGCACCUCUGACUGUGCUGUCUGAGAUGCUUUAGCUUUAUCUAUCUGUUUCUCAAUUGCACAGAAAUCAGACGCGCAAACGGGCCAUGGCCUUAACAGGGACAUCAGAAGAAAUAACAAUGUGCUAGGUAGUCAUGUGCAGGUGUAGAUCAUAGGCUUGUACUGUACAUAACUGUAUAUUAUGAUGUUCUCCUGUACAUGCAAAAUAAAAGUCAACAUUUGUGCGGCAUUAAUAAAGAAUAAUAACA